CCUUGUUGAUUGGUUAUGGCGAAUUAGGGGUCAAUGGAAUGAACAGUAUAUCAGUCCAUAUACAUAUUCAAAAUUAAAUUUGUUGAUUGGAUAGCAAAUUGCUUAGGUAUAUAGAGUUGAACCUUUGGUAGAUGGGGGAAGAGAGUUCGAAAUCGAAGAGUUCAUUCACCAAAGACACAAUCAUCUCCGAAGAUUUAUCUGAGGAAGCCGCUUUCUUGGCGGAUCGUCUCCUCAGCCGCGUGCAACUCCACGGGGACAAGUUUCCGGCCGGAUAUGAAUCUUUCUCUGAACUCACUCGCGGCUGUCUCAAGGUCCACAGCAUCCAUCCUGGCAAAGUCUCCUGCAUUUUAUCUGUCAAAUCUGCAAUCUCGAAUAUUUAUGGUAGCAUGCAUGGAGGAGCAGUUGGAGCUGUCGCAGAGACGGUGUCAAUUGCCUGUGCUAGAACUGUUGUAGGAAAGGAUAAGAAGCUCUUUCUUGGAGAAUUGAGAAUGUCGUAUCUUUCUACUGCUAAAAGCAAUGCAGAGGUGAUCGUAGAUGGGUCUAUUAUUAAGAGUGGAAGGAGCACAACUGUAGUUGCAACUGAUUUUCAGCUCAAGGACUCGAAGAAAUUGGUCUACUCCUCGAGUGCAACAUUCUAUCACAUGCCCAUCGCAAGUUUAUGAACUCAACUCAACACAUUUGCUAAACCUGUUCAGCAGAUCCAGCUCAUGUACAAUUGCAGAUCAUUGAUAUAAUCUCGAGUGUCGUAUCUGCCAUCACCAUAUCAAUAUCUCGUAUUAUCUGAAAUUCCCUUAUUUGUCUUCUGUUUCGUCUUUGUAACUGAAGUGUUGCUUGAUGAAGUACACAAUUGAACCAUGAUAUAUUGAAAGAGAAAAUCAUGCAAAUCAAUCUUGUAUUA